ACAGCGGUCCAGCGAGUCCCCGAGGCAAGGAUGGCUUUACACGCACCGCCAACCGACUACGAGACCCUCUGCUCACGGCUAAGGUCGAGUUUCAACAUCGAGGCCAGGAUGCCCAGACAACAGCAAUUCCGAGCAUUUGACGCACCAUAUCACCAACACAGAGAUUGUGCGGAUGCUCAUCGAAGCGCACGCUGAUAUCACCCAGCCUUGCACCGCGGAAGAAUCUACACCACUCCAUCAGGCGGUAGAGUUCCCUCAGAUUGUCAAGAUCUUGGUCGACCACGGAGCAAGUAUCAAUCAAGAAGCGGCUGACGGGCAGACCCCCUUAUCACGCGCAGUGGUGGGCAACCACAAGGAGACAGUGAAGCUUAUGCUGGCCAAUCCCAAGAACACUGCCGACUUUUCGACAGAAAAAGUCCAAAAUGCACUUACAUAUGCCGUUGAUAAUGAUCACGUCGAAAUAGUGGCCGAACUUCUGGAGGCCGGAGCAGACGUCAACCUUGUCGAUGAUAAUGGUACCCCACGGAUCUUCAGCGCGAUGUGGCUCGAGAGCCCAGCCAUGCGUCGGGUCAUCCUUGAGCAUAACCCAGACCUCACGAAAACAGACUCCAAAGGAAACAGUAUACUGCACCAUGUUAACAAAUUCGCGCCGGUAGAGUCCACACGCCUUGCAGUGAAUGCUGGCGCGAGCUUGACUGCAGUGAACAAAUUCCAGUCACCUUCGUUGAGUCUAGCUAUCCAGGCUUUGUGCAAAGAAGAGGUUCUGCAGUACUUGUUGUCGAAAGAUGCAAUACUCGCAAGCCUGGCAAAACCUUUAUCUGGGGACGCUCUCAACCCCAUACACACAGCCUGCAGGAGCUCGUUGCUACCGAUGGUUCAAAUGCUUCUAGAAAAAGGCGCCGAUAUCAACAUGACCAGCGAAGGGGUGGUUCUGGGCACGCCACUGAUAUCGGCCACACUUCGAUUUUACCAAGAGGACCUCGACAAGGCCGAAACGGUGAUCUGCUACCUCUUGGAUAAAGGGGCCGACCCUGAACUUCGCGCCGGUUUGUUCUCGUAUCCCAUUAUCUCCGCUUGCUUGGCCGGUUCUUCCAAAAUAGUCAAGCAUAUUCUCGACCGCAAUGUCCCUCUCAACAUCAAAGACGAGUUCAAUAGAACACCUGCACACCUAGCUUGUUACAAUUCUUGCAAGAUUCUGGAUCUACUGCAAUGUUACGAGCAGGUCAAGGCAACCAACUGUGGCACAAAGCAAAAGCUUCGAUAAUGAUGACUCCGGUCAUCAUUGUCCCUUGUUCUGCAUAUAUAGCUACGCCAUGACGGGACCAAUCGUUUA